GCAGAAACCGUCCUCACACUGGAAAUAGAAAAGAGACUAGGGGUAUCAAGGCAAUAGCUUUAAAAAUUGCAAGGUCGCAGUGUGAGGCCACGUUUGGGAAAACGCUAGCAAGGCGCACCAGCAGCGUCGAUUUGGCGGUAAUUGAAAUGAUUCAAACGUAUUUGAAAUAUUGCAUUCAGGUCUCAAGAAAUAGCGAGAACUAGGGCUUCGCAUAUCUCCUUUUGGCCCCUUCUGUCUCUAAUGAUGGCUUCUGGUUCUCCCUGUAAGCGUAUUGAUCAGUUUUUUGCUUCAAAGAAGAGAAAACCACUAUCACCUGCUUUGGAACGUGAGAAAGAUGUAAAAUUAGCUGUAGAAGGGUCUCCUUGUGGCAAAGCAACUUUGGACAAUUAUCUGAGAACUUCUCAGGAAGAUAAUCAAACUGCCGAGCCGUCACAAACCUCUUAUCAUUUGUUGGCUAAGCUAGAGCCUGUUAAAAGAAAUUUAUCAUUGGAGAUGAAUAAAUUCUCCAAAGAUGAAAACAAACAGCCCCUGUUAUCAGCUCAAGUGCAAUCUCAAGCUGUUGAAGUAUCUAAAAGUACUCAGAAGGUGACUCCUCAGGUUUCAACUAAGGAGGCCUGUGAUGAUCUCGCUAAACAUUGCUCAAUUUCAGCUCAUGUCACAGAAAAUUCAGAACUGAAACAGUUCACAACGGACUUUCUAUCUUUGUAUUGCAGUGAACUCCGUACAAGUGUAAGUUCAACAUCAGAGGUAAAGGUGCAAGACCUAAAGAGACAUGGUAGUCCGUCUUUAAUAGAUAAGGAGGAAAACAUACCCAAGAAGAAGCAUUGCAAUUCCAAUCAUUCACAAUCAGGAGGUAAAAUCACACACUCUAAUACAAAGAAUCCUGAGGAAACACAGUGUGGUUUAGUUGCUAAAGGUGGAAUGUUUGUUUCAAGCUCUUCCCAAGAGAAGAUCGAUUGUAAUAGUCCCAUUGUGCUUCAAUCAAGUUUGAGAAAAUGCAACAAUUCAUUCAAAUCAAGUUUGAAUUCAACAAUUUUCUGUACACCUGGAUCAUCAAUUAUUAAAUCAUGUGUCCGUGAAACCCCCAAAUCGACAUGUGGAAGCUCCUUAUUUUCUCCUGGGGAAGCUUUCUGGAAUGAAGCAAUUCAAAUUGCUGAUGAUUUGUUUGCUCAACCUGAUAGCCUUCCUGCUCAAGUUCGCAAAGGAAUCAAUUGUGCUAAAAGCCAAUAUGAGAUAAACAAUUCGCACAAUUUAAGAAACAAAAAUUGUGACAAAUUGAACCAAAUGUUGGAUGAAGGUGAGAGCAAAUUUCAGUGUGCAACCCAUACUGGAGCUAGUGAUUCUCGAAAGUCAAUGGAACAUAUGAAAGAUUUGGUUAAAGAAACAUCCCCACUACCUGUCAAGCAUUUUGACUUUUUGUGUGAGGACAAAAACUUGGAUGGGGAUACCCCAGGUCAUGUUGCUGCUGAUGGCUCAGAAUCUAGGGUGUAUCAAGCUAGUGAAGUAUCUAGAAAGGGCUUGGUAACUCAUACAGGGUUUCAAACAAUAAAAAUUGUAACUCAUUAUGACCAAGCUCAGAAAACUGAAGAGGUACUUGAUCCACAAGAGAAGGCCUCUGUUCAUAUGUUACAAAAAAGAAAUUUUGAUUCAUCAAGUCAGGAUAAUGUUAGCAUCACACUGGAAUCACCUGAUAAUGAAAUCAGGAAAUUAAUUGGUAAUCACAAACCCAAUGAAGAAUCUACUCCUUCAAGUUUUGUGAUGCUUGAAGACCGUUUAAAACUUAGCAAUUGGCUUCCUCCAGAAAUAUGUAGCAUUUAUGAAAAGAGAGGAAUUUCAAAACUAUAUCCAUGGCAGGUUGACUGCCUUCAGGUGGAUGGUGUUUUGCAGAGAAGGAAUCUUGUCUAUUGUGCAUCAACGAGUGCUGGAAAAAGUUUUGUUGCAGAAAUUUUAAUGUUACGACGGGUAAUCUCAACUGAGAAAAUGGCAUUGCUUGUGCUUCCUUAUGUAUCAAUUUGCGUAGAAAAGGCAGAACAUCUGGAGGUCCUUCUUGAACCACUUGGUAAGCAUGUGCAUAGUUAUUAUGGAAACCAGGGUGGUGGAACACUUGCUCAGGAUACUUCUGUGGCUGUAUGCACUAUAGAGAAGGCAAACUCUUUAAUCAACCGACUGCUGGAAGAGGGUCGUUUAUCAGAAAUAGGAAUUAUUGUGAUAGAUGAACUGCACAUGGUUGCUGAUCAGAAUAGAGGUUAUCUUUUGGAAUUGCUGUUGACAAAGCUUCGUUAUGCGGCUGGUGAAGGUGUUUCACAGUCAAGUUCUGGAGAAAGUUCAGGUCUGAGCAGUGGAAAGGCUGACUCUGCUCAUGGUCUACAAAUUGUUGGGAUGAGUGCUACCAUGCCCAAUGUGGCAGCAGUUGCUGACUGGCUGCAAGCAGCAUUAUAUGAAACAGAUUUUCGACCUAUUCCAUUGGCGGAGUACAUUAAAGUGGGUAACACCAUUUAUAGUAAGAAUUUUGACAUUGUUAGAACAAUUUCAAGUGCAGCUGAUCUUGGUGGGAAAGAUCCAGAUCAUAUUGUUGAACUCUGCAAUGAGGUUGUUCAAGAGGGUCAUUCAGUAUUAAUAUUUUGCUCUACCCGAAAAGGAUGCGAAUCAACUGCAAGGCAUGUCUCAAAGUUCCUCAAGAAAUUUUCUAUCAAUAUCCAAGGUAGUGAUGGAGAGUUUGCUGAUAUUGCCUCAGCUAUUGAUGCCUUGCAAAGGUGUCCUUCCGGAGUGGAUCCUAUAUUGGCGGAAACUCUUCCAUUUGGUGUUGCUUAUCACCAUGCUGGACUCACAGUUGAAGAAAGAGAGAUUGUUGAAACCUGCUAUCGUAAAGGCCUUGUACGUGUUUUAACUGCUACAUCUACCUUAGCUGCUGGAGUUAAUCUGCCUGCCAGAAGAGUCAUUUUUCGGCAACCCAGGAUUGGCCGUGAUUUCAUUGAUGGGACAAGGUACAAGCAGAUGGCUGGACGGGCAGGGCGGACUGGAAUAGAUACAAAAGGAGAGAGUGUUCUCAUCUGCAAAGCAGAGGAGGUCAAAAGAAUUAUUGGACUUCUCAAUGAAAGCUGCCCACCAUUGCAUUCUUGUUUAUCUGAAGAUAAGAAUGGAAUGAUUCAUGCAAUUUUAGAAGUUGUGGCUGGUGGGAUUGUUCAAACUGCUGGAGAUGUUCAUAGAUAUGUUAAAUGCACCCUUCUCAAUUCUACAAAAUCAUUUCAAGAUGUGGUAAAAUCAGCACAGGAUUCUCUUCGGUGGUUGUGCCACAAAAAGUUUCUUGAGUGGAAUGAGGAUACUAAGUUGUACAGUUCUACACCCCUUGGACGUGCAGCCUUUGGCAGCUCUCUUUGCCCCGAAGAAUCACUUGUUGUGUUGGAUGAUCUUUCAAGGGCUAGAGAAGGGUUUGUACUUGCAUCAGAUUUGCAUUUAGUUUAUCUAGUGACACCGAUUAAUGUUGAAGUUGAACCAGAUUGGGAAUUAUAUUAUGAGCGGUUCAUGGAAUUGUCAGCCCUUGACCAGUCUGUUGGCAAUCGAGUGGGUGUGGCAGAACCGUUUUUAAUGCGAAUGGCACAUGGUGCACCUAUACGCUCGUCAAGCAGAUCAAGAAAUGUUAGCAAAGGGUUGCAUGCCAAAUGUGAUUACAAACAUGGAAUCACCAACAGUAGUAUGCUUUCAGAGGAGCAGACAAUUAGAGUGUGUAAACGAUUUUAUGUUGCCCUCAUCUUGUCAAGAUUAGUGCAGGAAACUCCUGUCCUUGAGGUUUGUGAAGCUUUUAAAGUGGCCAGAGGCAUGGUUCAAGCUUUGCAAGAGAAUGCAGGAAGGUUUGCAUCCAUGGUUUCUGUGUUCUGCGAGAGGCUUGGAUGGCAUGAUCUAGAAGGCUUGGUUGCGAAGUUCCAAAAUCGUGUUUCAUUUGGAGUGAGAGCAGAGGUUGUAGAACUUACUAUGAUACCUUAUGUGAAGGGUUCUCGAGCAAGAGCACUCUAUAAGGCUGGCUUACGUACACCUCUUGCAAUUGCUGAAGCAACUGUUCCUGAAAUUGUUAAAGCUCUUUUUGAAUCUUCAUCAUGGGUAGCACAAGAAGGUUCAGCACAAAGACACAUACAAUUGGGAGUGGCAAAGAAGAUAAAAAAUGGUGCACGCAAAAUUGUUCUUGAAAAGGCUGAAGAGGCCAGGAUUGCUGCCUUCUCAGCUUUCAAAUCACUUGGGUUAAAUGUCCCACAGUUUUCUCGACCAUUAUUAUCGACUGCUGGUGAUAAUUCCCCUGGGCAAGAAGAAGCAACUACCUUCUUAAAGGAUUAUACUUCUAGCAGCUUUGUUGAUCCAUUAGAAGCAAACAUGGUUUUGGCUAACCCACAUGGAGAAGCAGAUGAGAACUCUGGAAAAGUUGCUUUGGAAAAUGCAAGGGAAAAAUCGAGAAAAACUUCUGAUGGUGGCUUAGUGGCAUCAAUAGAAGUACACUCAACUACAACCUUGCAACAUAACUUUGUUACUGAAAAUCUAGAGGUAUCAACUGUAGUGUCAGGAACUGCAGGUGUCACGUGUAACGCUAAUGUUGAUCACAUAAAAAUUGUAGAUACAUCUCUCUCAAUUCAAUCAGAACAAGAUGGUAUUGGAAAUAUUAAACCUAAUGGGCAUCUCGAUAAAUUACAAGAUAGGCCCAGUCAAGGUCUGUGUCUUGUCAAGGACAGUCCUUGGACAAGGGGCCCUAUUAAUGCAGCAAAUACUCCUGGAGGAUUUGAUCAUUUCUUGGAUAUCUGGGAGGCCACCCAGGAAUUCUAUUUUGAUAUUCACUAUAACAAACAAUCAAAAGCAAAUUAUGUUGCUCUCUUUGAGAUACAUGGCAUUGCAAUCUGUUGGGAGAAUUCCCCUGUGUACUAUGUCAAUCUUCCUAAGGAUCUACUGUGGUCUGGCAACAACAAAAAUGAUGACCUGAUUAUUUCUGGAUCUAAUAAUAAAAGUGGUUCUGUAUCUCCUGAGCUUCUGUUGGAGAUAAUGAAGCAAAGAUGGAAAAGAAUUGGUGAGAUUAUGGAGAAAAAAGAUGUUAGAAAAUAUACUUGGAAUUUGAAAGUUCAUAAUCAGGUGCUUAAGUGUGCUGCAGUUUCUGUUCAGAGAUUUGGUUGCCUGAAUCUUGUGAGGAAAAGUUUAGGACCUGAACUUAUAGACAACUUGUACUUGUUAUCUCCAAUUUAUAUAAAAGAUGGAAUUGACUUGUGUAUUGUGGCUUGGAUUCUUUGGCCUGAUGAGGAGAGAAGCUCUAAUCCAAACCUAGAGAAGGAAGUUAAGAAAAGAUUGUCCACUGAGGCUGUAGCAGCAGCAAAUAGAAGUGGCCAGUGGAAGAAUCAGAUGCGGAGAGCUGCACAUAAUGGUUGCUGCUGCCGGGUUGCUCAGACACGUGCCCUAUGUUCUGUUCUCUGGAAGUUGCUUAUAUCUGAAGGACUUGUUGAAGUGCUUAUGAACAUUGAAAUACCACUGGUUAAUGUCCUUGCUGACAUGGAGCUUUGGGGAAUAGGUGUUGACAUGGAAGGGUGUCUUAAGGCCCGUAGUUUGUUGCAAAAAAGACUAAGGUAUCUUGAAAAGGAAGCCUAUAAGUUGGCUGGUAUAACAUUUUCGUUGUAUAUAGCGGCAGAUAUUGCAAACGUCCUGUAUGUGCACUUGAAGUUGCCAAUACCUGAAGGGCACGACAAAGGGAAAGAACAUCCUAGUACUGACAAGCAUUGUUUGGAUUUAUUAAGGCAUGAGCAUCCUAUUAUUCCAAUAAUUAAAGAGCAUCGAACAUUGGCAAAACUUGUAAAUUGUACGUUAGGAUCAAUGUGCACAUUUGCUAAACUAUCAAUAAGUAGACAAAAAUACACAUUACAUGGCCAUUGGCUCCAAACAUCAACAGCUACCGGUCGACUUUCAAUGGAGGAACCAAAUCUUCAGUGUGUUGAGAACAUGGUUGAAGUCAAAAUGAAUGAUAAAGAUAAAUAUGAAGAAAACUUCGAGGUUGAUCACUACAAAAUUAAUGCUCGUGAUUUCUUUGUUCCCACUCAGGAGAACUGGUUAAUAUUAACUGCAGAUUAUUCUCAGAUAGAAUUGCGGCUCAUGGCACACUUUUCUAAAGACUCUACUUUGAUAGACCUCCUUAGUAAGCCAAAUGGUGAUGUUUUUACCAUGAUAGCAGCAAGAUGGACUGGAAGGCCAGAAGAUUCUAUUGACUUGCAUGAGCGAGAACAGACCAAAAGGUUGAUAUAUGGCAUUCUCUAUGGAAUGGGUCCUAAAACUCUUUCAGAACAACUAAAUUGCAGUUCUGAUGAAGCUAGAGAAAAAAUUAAGAGUUUCAAAAGUUCUUUCCCUGGUGUUGCUGCCUGGCUUCUUGAAGCAGUUUCAUCUUGCCAGCGAAAAGGAUAUGUGGAAACCCUAAAGGGAAGAAAGCGAUUCUUGUCAAAAAUUAAAUUUGGAAAUUGUAAAGAAAGAUCUAAGGCUCAGAGGCAAGCAGUGAAUUCUAUUUGUCAGGGAUCAGCUGCUGAUGUUAUCAAGAUUGCAAUGAUAAAUAUCCACUCUGUGAUUGUUGAAGGAGUAUAUUUGCCAGAUGCUAGCUCUGCUGUUGCAACUAAGUUUCAAAUGCUAAAGCAUCGUUGCCGAGUUCUUUUACAGGUACAUGAUGAGUUAGUGCUAGAAGUUGACUCAACUGUGGUUAGGGAAGCUGCAUUGUUACUAAAAAAGUGCAUGGAAAGUGCUGCCUUGCUUCUUGUUCCUCUGCAUGUCAAACUCAAAGUUGGAAGAACAUGGGGUUCUUUGGAGCCUAUUCAAGCAGAUAAAUGUACAGAUGUUGUGCCUGAUUUAUAGAAGACCAGUCUUUAUUCUUGGUACCCGUUCAUCCACAUGUUUGAUAAAGCAGAGAAGCUGCUUAUAUACACAGUGAAGCAAAAUUUUCCCGCAGAAAGGGUUGGCUUUGACUGUUCCCUCUAGUUUCAGUUCUCCAGAUCUUUAAGUCAUGUGUAAUGCAAGGGCCCUGGAAAAUCAGAUUGCUACUGCAAAUGCUGGUGGCUUGACAUGCUGUCUGAUUGCUGGAUAUGGCAAGCACGGUGGAGUGUUUGAGACAAGCAUCCUUGCAGUUGCAGUUGUUUGAUUCUGAACAACUGGAGCUGUGGAAAAAAUUAAGGGCUUGAUGCCAGUUACCAUAUUCUACUUAUGGGCCAUUAAGCUUACCAACCAGAAUGAUUGGGUGACCAGCAAGAGAAGGAAAUAAAGAGCACAGGUGGCACUCAAGGGCAGUUAUGUAUGGACGGUUAUGAAAUGGGAAAAAAUUAGAGAUGGAUGAGGAAAAAGUAGAGAAAUUUUGAUAGAAAACAUAGUAGUAGGGAGAGUUCCAACCUUUCAAAAACUGGACAAAUUAGGAAAGAUAUUGGUCUCUUGAAAGCUAGAUCAUGAAGGGGAAAUUGUUGAUUGUUCUUUUUUUUUUUGUUACCUUUUUGUAUAUAUAAAGGAAUAACAAACUUUCAUCCAUUGUAAAAUUGGUUGAAUUAAUACAAAUUCAUUUUCUGAAUA